CCUGCGUUAGUGGUGCCGCGGCGCCCCCUCCCCGGCGGUCGCAGGAGAGCGGCAAGAUGGCGGCGCUGAGCAAGUCCAUCCCCCACAACUGCUAUGAGAUCGGGCACACCUGGCACCCGCACUGCGGCCAGGCCUUCGUGCACAUCACCCGCGGGGCGCUGGCCGAGUCCCUGCGCAUCUACGGCACCCUCUACCUGAUUGCAGCAGUUCUCAGGAAACGAAAGCUUGACUAUUAUCUGCACAAACUGCUACCUGAGAUUUUGCAGUCAACUUCCUUUCUGACUGCGAAUGGGAGCUUGUAUAUUGCUUUUUUUUGCAUUUUAAGGAGGAUACUUGGAAAAUUCUACUUUUGGACUCCGGGCUUCGGAGCUGCUUUACCAGCUUCCUACGUGGCCAUUCUCAUUGAAAGGAAAAGCAGGAGAGGUCUGCUUACAAUCUACAUGGCUAAUUUGGCCACGGAAACCCUUUUUCGAAUGGGGGUAGCAAGAGGAGCCAUUACACCUUUAAGGCAUGGAGAAGUCCUUUUGUUCUGCAUCACAGCUGCUCUGUUCAUGUUCUUUUUCAGGUGCAAAGAUGGGUUGAAAGGAUUUACAUUCUCUGCACUUAAGUUUAUUGUAGGUAAAGAAGAAAUUCCCACACAUUCAUUUUCACCAGAAGUAGCAUUUUCAAAAAUAGACAGAAAGAUAAAGCACCGGGAAGAAGUAUCGCGGCGAAUGAACAUAAUUGCUCUAACAAAGAAACUUGUGGACAAAGUAUGCAAACAUGGUCCAAGACAUAGAUGCUGUAAACAUUAUGAAGAUAAUUGCAUCUCAUAUUGCAUUAAAGGCUUCAUUAGAAUGUUUAGUGUUGGUUACCUGAUCCAGUGUUGCCUUCGAAUCCCAUCAGCGUUCAGGCAUCUGUUUACAAAACCUUCCCGGCUGCUUUCUCUAUUCUAUAACAAGGAAAACUUCCAGCUUGGAGCUUUUCUGGGAUCUUUUGUCAGUAUAUACAAAGGUACUAGUUGCUUCCUGCGCUGGGUACGAAACCUGGAUGAUGAACUUCAUGCUCUUAUAGCGGGAUCCCUGGCAGGAGUUUCUAUGAUGUUUUACAAAAGCACUACUAUCUCCAUGUACCUGGCUUCCAAACUAGUGGAGACCAUGUACUUCAAAGGCAUUGAAGCAGGAAAGGUUCCCUAUUUUCCUCAUGCAGACAGCAUCAUCUAUGCCAUUUCCACAGCAAUCUGCUUUCAGGCGGCUGUGAUGGAAGUUCAGACCCUGAGACCUUCUUACUGGAAAUUCCUAUUACGACUGACAAAAGGCAGGUUUGCUGUCAUGAAUAGACGAGUAUUAGAUGUAUUUGGUACUGAAGCAUCUAAGAACUUCAAGAAUUUCAUACCUAAGCUUGACCCAAGAUAUACUUCUGUACCACCGGAGCUACCAAUUGAGCUGUCUUGA